AUGGAUGUUAUGAUAAUGGUUAUGGUAGUUGUGGAGAAGGCUAGUAUGGGUGAUGAUGGUGGUGAGAAGAAAAAUAGUUAUAGUGGUGUGAGUAUUGGUGAAGUUCGAGCAAUGAAAGAGAGGGAUAAUGCGAUAGCUAGCUUUGGUGAUAAUUUUGCAAUGACUGGUAGUAAGUUGGAUGAUUGGGUUAUGGUUACCAUAAGGUGGUUUGGUGGGAGUUAUGUGUUUGGCCCGGAGAAUGGGUCAUGGUUGGUGAGUUUUAGGGCUGCAAUGAGAAUGUUGGUUGAUGUGUUUGGGUGGCGGGCGUUAAAUAAGAGACGUUGCUUGCCGGGUAAUGGUAAUGCAUUAACACGGCAAAUUAAAGAAGCCAAGACCAAACUCAGAUGUGACCUGUUGAGGAAGGAGGAGGGCCUUCAUAUUGUGAUCGCGGAAACGAGCAUUAACAGUUUAGCACAUGGUUGUGGUACUGGUGGCCCUAGGACAUUGUCUACCCAAUUGAAACUGAUUUUGAUGUGUGCAAAUUGA